UGCCAGGCAUAAUGAGGGCAAAUUCCUAGGCCUAUGCCUCGACAACAACCUGAACUUCAGCACCCAUAUCCAACACAUAACCAAAAAAGUAUCCAAAACGGUUGGGAUCCUCUCCAAGAUACGAUACUACGUGCCGCAAACUGCCCUUCUCACACUACAGUGGACCCCCGCAUAACGAUUACCUCCGAAUGCGACCAAUUAUUUUUUCAGGUAUUCAAUGGCUGUGCAAGUGCUAGACAACCUACAAGGGGAAAGAAAACUAAAUAUCGCAAGCCAUUAGAUCCCCAACACUCAGAUGAAUUACCAGAGUUUGAAUAUGUGGGUGCAAGGUCUAGGCCUGAUACUCUGAUUUUCACAUGGGGAAUUGCAGACCAUGGAGCUUUGGGGCGUGCUUCAUUUGUGCGCCCAGAGCCUAAAAAGAACCAACAUCACCUUCCAUAUGUUCACCAUCCACACAGGCUUGAAUUUGGUGAAUAUCAUAAGGUUGUAGAUUUGGCAUGUGGUUAUGGCUUCACCCUAUUUGCUAUUGACAGCAAGUCUGGAGUGUCUUGUUUUGGGACUGGAUUGAAUACUUUCUCCCAGAUUGGUGGACAGAACCAAAAAAAAGGACAUCCUUUAGAAAAAAUAAUUUUUCCAGCACCCAUGAGUCUUUUUAUUAGGCCUGAAUCCAAAUUGGCAGGGGUAUCUUCUGGAAGAGCACAUUCUGUGAUGGUGACAAAUCAAGAAGGUGUUUGGACAGUAGGAAAUAAUUCUUAUGGACAGUGUGGUAGACCUAUCAUACCAAAUGAAGAUUAUGGGAAACGAGCAGUUUAUCAUAGAAUCAGAGCUCUUGAUGACGUUAAAGUGUGGCAAGUUGAAUGUGGACAAGAUACUAGCUUGUUUCUAAGUGAAGAUGGAGUGGUGUAUUCAUGUGGCUGGGGAGCUGAUGGUCAGACAGGUAGAGGGCGCUAUAAUAAUGACCCUUGUGUUGGCCGUGUUAUCGGAGAUGUUGUCGGAGAAAAAAUUGUUAAAGUGUCGUGUAGAGCAGACUGUGCUUUAGCUUUAAGUGAUAAAGGGGAGAUAUUUGGUUGGGGAAAUUCAGAAUAUCAUCAGCUAAAUUCAGUGACAGAUGACAUGCAAAUUCAUACUGCAAAGAAACUCAGUUUUCCUGGUAUAGGAAAAGUGCUGGAUGUUGCAUCUGCAGGAACCAUGUGCUUGCUGAUUAAUGAAUAUGGACAAGUGUAUAGCUGGGGCUUUGGACCUCUUGGCAUAGGACCAAAAGUAUCGUAUUCAAAGACUCCUACACCAAUACCUUUAACAUUAUUUGGACAGAAUGAAAUUACACCUGAUGCUAAGGUGAUCAGUAUAACUAGUGGAAUCAACCACUUUGCAGCAGUGAACAGCCAUGGCACACUAUUCACCUGGGGUAAAAAUCCUGGAGGAUGCCUAGGUCAGAGUCACACAAAGGACCAGUAUUUUCCAUUAAGGGUUUGCAUUGGUGGACAGAUUAUAAAAGUUAGCUGUGGUGUUGACCACACGGCUGCCAUGGUCAAGGAACUCAUCUGAUGAAAAAUUAAGUUAUUAAACCUAUUGUAAUUUUUUUGUUUCAAAAUAGUCAUUAAAUUUUAUUAUAUCAAUAAAGAAUGAUAAGAUAUA